CGUCAACGUCAAAGUAUUAUAUUUGUGAUUGUGAAUUUGUAAAAUUAUUUAUUAUUUUGUUUAUAAAAUACAAAAACAUAUAACUUUUAUUAAAAUGUCUUGUCGCAACGCUUCUCACGCUGGUAGUUGGUACACUGAAAAUGGCAAUGAAUUGUCCCGCCAACUGGACCUCUGGCUGUCAAAGGCUGAUCUCACACACGGGCCGGCACGAGCCAUCAUUGCACCCCACGCGGGUUAUUCAUAUUGCGGAGCGUGGGGAGCGUGCGCAGCCUUCGCCUACAGACAAGUCAGCCCUGUUGUUGUGAAGCGCGUGUUUAUCCUAGGCGCGUCGCAUUACGCCCGGAUGGGCGAAUGUGCUCUGUCCUCGCUCGACAAAUAUCAAACUCCGCUCUACGAUCUCACCAUAGACAAACAGAUAUACGCGGAGUUGGAGGCGACGCGUCAGUUCGAAUGGAUGGACGUGGAGACGGACGAAGACGAGCGUUCUAUAGAGAUGCACCUACCGUACAUCGCCAAAGUUAUGGAGGAGUAUAAAACCGGUUUCACAAUCAUACCAAUUUUGGUCGGCUCUCUAACGCCGGAAAAGGAGGCCAAAUAUGGUGCAAUCCUGGCCCCCUACCUGGCUGACCCGCAGAAUUUACUAGUGAUCUCCUCCGACUUCUGCCACUGGGGCUCGAGGUUCCGGUACACUUGGCGCGACUCGUCCAGGGGACCCAUCCACCAGAGCAUCGAGUGGCUCGACAAACAGGCUAUGGACAUAAUUGAGAAGAUGGAUCCGCGCGCGUUCACAGAGUAUAUAAAAAAGUAUAGCAACACGAUAUGCGGCAGGCAUCCCAUAGGCGUGCUACUGCAGGCAAUAUCGAAGCUUCAAUCGCAACAGAACGCACCAAGAAUGUCCAUGAAAUUCCUAAAAUACGCCCAGUCGUCGCAGUGCGUGAACCCGCAGGACUCGUCCGUGUCGUACGCCAGUGCCUCCCUCGUGUUCGAGUAGGCCGCACCCGCCGCAUCAUCCCGUUGAAACUCACCGGCGAAAAUCCCGCGGGAUUCCGCGAUUUUUUUUGUGAAGUUAGUGACGAUCUCUUAGAAUGUUGUUGUUGGUAAAUCGAUCCCGGGAUUGGAAAGUGUUGUCACAAUUCAUAAAAAAUUUUGAAAUGGUUAGUUGAUUGAUUAAAAAAAUUAAUUAAAAGGACAGUGUAAUAAAGUGUCCUUUUUUUUUAAUGUUUGACCCAUUCAUUAAUUAUUGUGUCAAACAUUGAUAAUCAUUAAUUAAAAACAAAAAGAUGUCAAACAAAUGUUCCACAUGGGUACUGUUAUGUUGUCGAAAACAAAUAAAUUGUACAUUUAAUUAAAUUUCAAAUAAAGAAGGCGCCGUGGGAUUUAUUUUCUAUUAAAACAUAUAAAAAAAUAACAAAUGUUUAAUUUUUUUUUUUCAAUACAAUUUAAUGAAAAUGUAAUUAAAUUUUGUUGAAGCUAUCAUAAAAGUACGUUCUAAACAAAAUUAGGAAUAAAUCUUUUUUUUUAUACAACUUAGAAUGGCAAACAAGCUGACGGCCCACCUGAUGGAAAGUGGUAACCGUCGCCUAUAGACAUGAGCAGUACCAUGAACAUAACAGAGUAUACCGUUACGCCCAUGAUACCCCCCAUGCGUUGCCAUUCCUGAGGACUCAGGUGUUAUUCCUCUGUACCGUGUAAAUUGACGCCAUAUCCCACCCUUCAAACCGAAACACAGCCAUGCUUCACGGUUCAAAUACGAAUGGGACAGAGAUACCCAAGCAAUCGACUUUUAUACAAAGUCUCCCUCUGGUGAUCUAUAUUCAAUCGAUAAUCAACAUUCAAUUUAUCGAUUCUCGAUUGUUCGAUCGGACAUCACUAGGCUGUCUCGGGAGGGCGAGGGGGAAUCGAUUAAUUUAGUUUACAUUCUCAUUAAAUUAUUAUGAAAAAAAUUACAUAUUUGUUAAUUUUUAAUAAUGCUUAAAUAGAGGACAAGUUCCACGGCACUUUUUAUUAAAACUUAAGUUCUGUGGGAACACGGCGAGGGCAAGCACGAAAGAUCGUGUAAAGGGCUCCAGGAUUUUCUGCCUGAAAAAGCCCAACAUUCAAUUAAUAAGUUAAGAAAUAAAUUUAGAAGCACAGUACCACAGAAUCGGCCUCAUUAUAAUGCACCUACAGUCGCCUCGUUCUUUGCCUUCUUCCUACCCGUAUCCCAAUUAUUAUAUGGGGUCGGCGUAAUGUUUUUUCCAUAUUAAAAGGCCGGCAGCACACCUGCAAUGCCGCUGGUGUUGUGAGUGAUCAUGGGCGGCGGUAGUCACUUACCAUCAGGUGAGCCGCAUGCUCGUUUGCCCCGUGUUGUAAAAAAAAAUAUUACAAAAUGAAAUUGACUUAGUUUUACGACCGGCCGCCUGCCUGACCUCAACCCUCUUUUGGGAAAGCACUUGUUGGUGGUAUUCGCCACCUUUCCGCCUCUUUACCAUGGGAACGAAAUAAUGCGCUUACGCAUCGUAUGUGUACUGUGUUACCACAUAAAUAAAUAUAAGUUAUUAAACUAAAAUCUAUAUCGAAUCGUAAGAUCUGGAACUUUAUAGUUUUAUUAAAAAAAAAAUACAAUCUGUAUUGAUUGCUCUGUAAUUAGAUUUAAUUGGGAGCCUUUUUAGAAACAAGAAAGUUUUUUCUUUUAUUUAAUGUGUAAACCCAUAAACCCUUAAUAAAAAAAAAUAAAAAAAACUAAUAAUGUUACAUUAUUUUACUGUCUUUUAAACUUGGCAUAUAUGUAUCGUAAAAGUCUGUUAAAUAUAAAUAAAUAAUAAUAAAUAAAUAUAAAGAUGAAUUCUAAACUCCACCAAGCGUAAACAAUCUUCACUAUCCACACUUGUUUUUUUAUACAACUUAGAAUGGCAAACAAGCUGAUGGUCCACCUGAUGGAAAGUGGUAACCGUCGCCUAUAGACAUGAGCAGUACCAUGGACAUAACAGAGUAUACUGUUUCGCCCAUGAUACCCCCCAGCGUUGCCAUUCCUGAGGACUUAGGUGUUAUUCCUCUGUACCCAGUAAAUUCACGCCAUAUCCCACCCUUCAAACUGAAACACAGCCAUGCAAACACAACUGCUUUACAGUUGAAACACGAAUGCGACAGAGGUACCCAAGCAAUCGACUUUUGUACAAAGUUUUUCUCCGGUGUAAUAUAUGCCAAGUGUAUAAAAACAGUUUGUACUAUUUUUUUUUUCGCGUAUAAUUUUUUUCUAAUAAUUUCCUCUGCUCUUCUAUGGCGUAUGUCCAAUAUUCCCGGUUAAAAAAUGUAUAUUUUACGGGCUUUUAUUUAACUUGCAACGUAAGUUUGUUUAAUUUGAACCUUGCAAGCUUUAAAACCAUUCCUUUAUAUCAUGAUUGAACUAAAAUUUUGCAUACUCAUAAUACUUACAAAAUGGCCGUCACCACAAAAUGGCGGACGGUGUAUUUUUUAUCAACUCCUUUACUGUGGCUUUUAAAUGAAAGCAUUUGAAGAGUAGAUAACGAUGCAAUAAAUGACGUCAUUAAAAUAAUUGGCAGCUACAAGAUGGCGGAUUAUAAAAGAUUGUUUUAAAAAAUAAAAGUUUAAACUGUCGCGUUCUAUAACUACUUUUACAUUUAAUUUCUUGUCUUAUUUUGUAUUCCCGGGAUUAUUUGUAAAUAGACUGUUUACAUCUCAAAAUUUGCGUAUAUUUAAUAAAAAGAAAAUAUUUAAUAGGUACUAGUGUUGUGUAAAGUGUGGGAUUCCGAGUCCCACGGGAUUAGCCCUAAAAGAUUUCAAUUGGUGAUGUGUAACAAUUUUUUUUUUUUUUAUAUUGUAAUAAUUUUAAGGUAUUUUUCAUUAGUUUUAGUUCUCUUAUUGAACCACAAAGAAUAUGUCUUUUUUUUUUCAAUAAUAAAAUACUUAGUUAAUAAAAGCUGCCUGAAAAAAUAGGUCACAUGUCUAUUAUGUUUAUUUUAAAUUUAGAAUAUAAAUUAAAUUCUUUUUUUUUUUUAAGAUUGGUUUUAUUAAUGAAUGGUAACCCUGCCUGCGCUGUCGGUAUACACUAGUGAGGCACCAGUGGGAUAUAAAUGAGAAUAAAAUCAGGCGUUCUAAUUCAUUAGGCCUACCUAUCUGUCAGUCUACCUGACAGGAUAUGUGCCUCACUAUACCAAGAACAAGAAUACAUAGGAGUGAUAAAAUUGUCAAUUCAUAGCAGGCUAGUGUACAGAAAAUGUUAUACGGCCGUAUAAUCCUACCAAAUUCAGAUACAACCUGCUUGCAUACUUUCUACAUAAACUGUGUCGAAUAUAUAAUCUAGUAAUGUAAAAUUUGUCAUUGACAAAUAAUUGACAUAUCAAACAUUUUCUAUACACUAGCCUGCUAUGAAUUGAGAUAAAUAGCAACGGAUGGUGUAUCUUUCGUCCUCUUUUUACUAAUUAUAUUUGCAUAAGAAGAAAGGAGGCAACCAUAUGAUUUACAGGUUUUAUUUUAGCAUUUCUUCUAUGUAAUUCCUUGUCCAUAGUUUCUUUACAGCCAAUAGCACUAGUUCUGACAACCCCUUCUCUCAUUUUGACGUGCGUAGAAAAAAAACCACUCGUUUUGCUGUUACGUGUAAUUAUCUCAACUGUAGAUAAGUGUUCUGUGUUAUCACUUACUGAAUCUAACACCGAAAUUUAAACAAUUGUAUUUCUGAAUUUAAAUAUUACUUAUUUUUAUAUUCAACAAUUUUUAAAUAUGGAAAUAUAUCGAUGUUUAAAUGAAAAACUGCUUAUUUCAAUCGGAAUCUACUAUUUCAGGCAGUUUUAUGUGGGCACUGCUUUUAGUUUAUAAGCUUUAGAAUUUUUUUUUAUACGUUUUUGAUAUACAUAUAUAGUUUUUUUUAAGUGUUCACCUAAAAAAUUUCUUUAAAAAAAAUUCUUUAUGUAAAAAAAAUAAAAUAAAAACAUUGACACAUUUAUAAAAAUGUCAAAUGUGUUCUAUCUAUUUCUCUUACCUUAAUCUCGUAAUUUGAGAGAAAGUGACAAAACACUCUGUAAUAACUAAAAUAAUUUUGUAGUAGAAUUUAGUUUUUAUGAAUAAUUAGGUUAAAUUAUAUAUUUUAUAUAGGUAUCUGUCGCCUGUAGAAAUGGACAGAAUACCAUAGUCAAGCCCAUUAAUAUUUGACGCAUAUGGCAACUAGCAUGUGUUGCCAUUCCUGUCUAAUGUAUAUAUACUAUAUUAUUAAAAAUUAAUUGAUAAUUUAUACUAUUUUUUUUUCCUCACAAAUAGCUUUUUUCACUUGAGUAAAAUUUUCUUUUUUUAUUACUGUACUUAGAUAUUAAGUAAAAUAUAAUAAAUUGUAAUAAAAGUUAUGUAUUUUUGUAAAACAGUAACUGUUGACUGUUGGUAGAAGACAUAAGUUGGAAGUAAGUAUAUAUAUGAAGGCAUUUAGAAUUAACAUAUUAAAUUAACUGUAAUGAGGUACUUACUGUCUACUAACGUGGAAAUCCAUUUAGACAAGGUACGAACGAAUCCGUCAAUAGAAUGAGACAGCGAUAUACGCCGUCUUAGUCUUUCUCAUAUCUCCUCGGCCAGAGGAGAUAUUGUCGAUGGAUUCGUCGACACCUUGUUUAGGGAGGCUGGGGAGUUUAAAAUUCGAUCUUACAUGAAUCAGAUAAGGUUUGCUUUUAAUAUCUCAUGCAGGAUUUUCUUUGUAUAAUCCGACUAGUUGAAUACGCGCCUCUCGUUGUGGCCGUAAUAUUAACAGACUAGUAUAUGUAAAUGGGCGGGUUAUACAAAGAGAGGAAUAUUGUAUAAAGCGGAGUUUCCAUGCCUUCUGUACGUGUAAUCUCUCAAUUAAUUUAUUUCUUAUUCUUUCAGUUUUAAUUUUUAUACUUACAAUAGCUACUUCUUUUAGAUAGCAUCUCUUUUUAUAUUAAAUAGGAUUUUUGGGAAACGACUCAAAGGGGCUUAGUUGCAAAAGAGCGUCAAAUUUUAUAGCUAAUGACAGUUAAAAAGCGCGGGAAAUUUGAUAAAUCGAUUACAUAGUUAGACUUUUUUUUACAUUUGAGUUAUUUUUUAUGCUGAUUUAAUUUCUCUAGGUUAUGCUAUCUAAUAAUUAAGAAUAUUUUAUAAGACACUGAGGCAUCUAUUCGUGAAAUUUACAGUAUUUGUUGGGGAAAUUGUAAUAUUCUUUCAACGGCUCUAAGCCUAAUAUAGGCGCCAUUUAUUAUGAGUAUCGCGUAAAUACUGGCUUAAAUCUAUUAUUUUUUUUUUUCUAAUUUCAUAGACACUUGAAAAUGUAAUUACUUUAUCUAUAAAACAGCAUUAUAACUCGCUGCUUGAUGCUAAAAAUUUUGAUAUAAAAAAAUGUAUUACCUACUUAUUUUUUUUUUUUUUAUAUUAUUUGGAACAUUUGAAUUUCGAUUUCUUUAGUUUUGGAUUUUAGACUGAAAAAGUACCAAUUAUAAAUGAGUAUUUACUGAAGGCUACAGUGUAACGUGUUAGUGAAUCUAUAAAUAUAUUAUAAAAUGCGCGCGCAAAAUAUUCCGUGUCAGACUGCAUUUAUCUCGUAUUGAUACCUUUCUCAAUUAUAUAUGUACUUUGCUAAUAA